CUCUUAUCUCAUCUUUGAAAGACGACUAAAGUGGAGCUUAUUUUAUUUUCUAGCCUCUGUGUUUUUUAUUUUCUUCUUCUUCAAAUUUCUAGAACCCACAUCGCUUUCUUUGAUUGGUCUCUUUGUGCCUUUAUAAAGUCACGUACACGGAUUAACAACACAAAGACUCGUAUCACUUUAUUCUUUCUGGGGAAAUUAGGAAUUAGGAGUAGUAGUUAUGGUCUUGGUUUUGGGUUUGUUUCAGACUGAUCCUCAGACCAACCAUGGAAGCUGGUAGAGGCAAAGCUCGAACCAACACUGUUCUCUCUCGCUUCUUCCUUUCUGGGUUCUACUGCUGGGGUUGGGAGUUCCUCACUGCCCUUCUUCUCUUCAGUUGCUAGCUCUGUCUUCCUCUUCAGCACCUUCUAAUUUAGACUAGGAAGCCAUAUAUAACCCAGUUAUACAUAUUCUGUUCUCCGAACCCUAAGUCCGGGGGGUUACUAUUUUUUUUAGAAUCUAGACGUAUAUACAGUCAUACAGAGAUAACCAUAAUGGCGCAAAGGUCAGUUCCGGCGCCGUUUCUGAUGAAGACGUUCCAGUUGGUGGAUGAUCCGGCCAGCGACGACGUGAUCUCUUGGAAUGAAAGUGGGACGGCGUUUGUGGUCUGGAAGACGGUGGAUUUCGCCCGGGAUAUGCUGCCUAAUUACUUCAAGCACAACAACUUCUCAAGCUUCGUUCGCCAGCUUAACACCUAUGGCUUCCGAAAGACCGUGCCGGACAAAUGGGAGUUCGCGAACGAUAACUUCCGGCGAGGCGAGAAGGAGCUUCUCUCCGAGAUUCGACGCCGCAAAGCGGUGACGUCAUCUCCGGCACAAGCCACAGCCGUGGAAAAAUCCGGCGGAGACACCGGUUCCAACUCGGGAGAGGAUUUGGCGUCAACUUCCACGUCGUCCCCGGACUCGAAGAAUCCGGGGUCGGUGGAGACGGCGGUGGCGGUGGGACAUACGGCGGAUUUGUCGGACGAGAAUGAGAAGCUGAAGAAAGACAACGAGACGCUGAGCUCGGAGCUCGCACAAACGAAGAAGCAGUGUGAUGAGCUUGUGGCGUUUCUGAUGGAGUACAUGAAGGUCGGGCCCGAUCAGAUCAAUAAGAUAAUGCGGCAAGGAAGCUUUGGGUCCAGCUGUGAUGGUGAUGAUCAUGAACGUGGUACCGGUGAGAAUGAUAAUGACGAAAAAGUUGUGGCGGGAGAAGAAGAGGGUUUGAAACUGUUUGGUGUUUGGGUGAAGGGGAAGGAGAACGAGGAGAAGAAGAAGAGGCGGGAGGAGAAGUCGGGUGGUGGCGGUGGUGGGCCGCAAGCGAAGAAGAUUAAGAUGGCGGAGUUUCACGCGCGGCCGCUUAGGAAGAGCGGGAAGGUGUGCAACUAAUAAGUUGGGGUCGGUGCAUAUGGUAACUUGGUAAGGCCUAUGGAUCGGCUCGUAUAGAAGACGACAUGUUAUGGAAUUAUCAAUCCAAUAGUUCCUUCGGAAAGCAAUAUAGAGAUUUACUUUGUUUAGAUGGGUGUGUUAUGUAGUUGUAAUAAGAAUGAUGAAUAUAUUGGUUCAUGAAACUUGUUGUGUAGUUGUAAUAAACUUAAUUAGUGAGACACUAUACUCUGCUUUUGAAGUGAUUUAUUU